GGCCAUCAACUCCACUGAACGCCCAUCACGUUGCGCACAUGUAUCGGGUCGAGGUGACCACGCCACACCCAGCAGACCGAGGCAGAGUGCCUGUGCUGGAAGAAGAACGGCUUGUGUAACAGCUGUAUCAGCCAGUGGCACCGACCAGUUGCGCCAGCAGCAGCAGCAGCUCCUCCGUGCCUUGUUGAAAUGUCGAGUACGCAGAGGAGGCGGCGCAUGCAGCGGCCUCUCGGCGCCACAGGAGCCGAGGAAUAGUUCAAGAUACUCGGACGUAGUUUGUGAAAAACAGUGUUUGCGUGCGUAUGAUUUUGCCGACGCCUUAGCCACUUUUUGGAGGAAUGAGGGGCGUUUAUUCGGCUCUGAGGAUGGGAUUGUUUUUGCAUGCUGUUGGCUCUGUCAGCCCCACCGAGUCCGCAGCAGACAGGAGCCUACUGCACUGUGAAGGUGUUAACAACCAGACUUACAUCUGUGAGUCGGGACACUGCUGCGGGGAGUCUCAGUGCUGCAGCUACUACUAUGAGCUCUGGUGGUUCUGGUUGGUGUGGGCGAUUAUUUUCAUUUUGAGCUGCUGCUGCGUGUGUCACCACCGCCGCACCAAACACAGACUGCAGCAGCAACAACGACAGCACGAGAUUAAUCUCAUCGCUUACCGUGAAGCACACAACUACCCCUCUGUGCCCUUCUACUUCAGGUUUCUGCCAAACUACCUCCUGCCUGACUAUGAAGAGGUGGUCAACCGGCCUCCAACUCCUCCCCCUCCCUACAGUGCCUUACACACAGGCCCCUCCUCUGUGGCCUCAAGUCCACAGGCUCCUGAACAGCAGGAAGGACACUGUCCAACCACCCAGUCCACUGCGGUGGCCCCGGUCUCUGACAGUCAAAGUUGCAGACCCAGCACAGAUGAACCACAACCCCCCACCUUAGACUUUCAGCCAAAGCCUGAUAACAAGCCCCUGCAGACAGCACAGGAUCCAGGAAGGAUCCUGCUGUCAGAUGGGGUAAACAGGGAGGGAUAUACAAGCCAAGAGAAAAGAAGUGGAAGUGGGGAUGACUCCUGCAAGGACCCCCUACUGAAGGACCUGUCAGAGGGUUGUGCUGAGGACAAAGAUCGUCUCGCUAUUGGAAGGAGGAGGAGAUUCACAGGGGACUCUGGGAUUGAGGUGUGUGUUUGCAGCACACGUGGGAGCAGCGGCUUUAGCGGAGCUGGAGGGACGGGCCACGAUGGCAAGGAGCUGAAGGAACUCGAGAGCCUGCUGGGGCAGGAAGGAGAAGACGACAGGGAGGGGGAGGAGGAGGCGGGCGAUUUCUGCGACAGCUGCGGUCAUCGAGCCUCCUUCAGUGUGGAGGAGGAGCAGGCGCUGGGUGGGCAGGAGAGGCGGGGUGCACGUGGGCCGUCAGCACCUCCUCAGCCUGCUAACCAGGUGGGCAGUGCCACGCUCCACCCACCGGUGUGCCUCCUACUCCACACCAUCAACGAGACGGAGGGGCCGCACCACAGCACCAGCACUGAGCCACAAGGCUGAAACAAGCACACAGAUAAACACACACACACUCAGAUCUGUGUCACAGAGUGAAGGAGAGAGCACUUGAUCCAGAACAUGGAGGCUUGUAUCUGAGCAAGUGUGUCUCAUUGAAAUACUUUCUCAGUGAGUGUUUAUAUGAAUGUGUGCAUCUUAGAUAAAACAAGUGUGGGAACAGGAAGUGGAAUCUCAGCUACAAAUGUUUGAGAUAAAGUUGUUGAGAAAGCCUGCCACUCCCCACAGAACGGUGGCCUUAACCUGUGUAUUCUGGGUCAUAUUUGGGAAGUACAAGCCCUAUAACAGCCUGUGGCAAUUAAGACUUCUCACACUGCACACACACACACCUUCAGUUGUCCUUCUUAUGCAACAGAAGCUACUGACACACAGUUAAAGAUAUGAUAGCUGAAGCUUUGACGUCAAGAUGGGACAAUCACUGCCCAGGCUGAACGCAGCUCACCUCAGCAGGUGCUUUCAAACAUUCUGCAAAGCUGUUCUCUGCAGGCAGGAAACUACGUAGAAAAGAAACACACAGCACGAACAUUUUGGAUGAGUGCAAUGUGGAGUCGCCACAGUGUGUGCUUUUGCAAACUGAUACUGAACAGGGACACUAGAACAAGACUGUCUGGAAAAGUCCCGUUAGACUCAUGCUUCUUAAGUGCUUUUUCAGCGAUUCAAAACCGCUUAGCCUCGUGUUUCUGUUGCUCUCUAUCUGCUCUGCUAGUGAUAGAGACUAAUAAGUGCAUUAACAAAUCUUAAUGUCAGCAGUUCCUAUUUUGCACAAAAUGUAUAUAUCUUUGUAAAGGAAGCUUUUAGCUCAAAAAAAUCAACCUAGAUUCUUACUUUCUGAAAAUCAGUCUUAAAUCGCAGUUCAUGAUCACUCUCUGAGGGCUUGAUUGCAGCGUCUGUGAGCAGUGGACCUCUGUGAAUUGCCAGUAGGGAAUGCAUUAACUUCAUAUCGCACACAAUCAUUUUCUAAAGUUAAUUGAAUGAAUGUUCGCAGUACGUGCCUACCCCAAAUGAAUGCAAAACUCUCAUGAACAAUGAUGCGCAUCAGAGACUGUGUGAAAGCAGGUACCAAAACCAGGAAAAGAGCAUUAAGCUAUUUAGAGAUUAUUAACGAGAUAGGCAACAUCAGACCUCAGACUUUUGUGUCAGUCACUUGGAUAGAUUACCACCUUCACCAGCUUUACAGUAUAAAAACACAAACAUUAACACUUUUGUAUUAGAUUUUCAUAUUCAACAAAUUUACCAUGCUUUUGUUUUGGUAUUUAUUCAACAAAUAUUUAUAACGCCUUCCUUCACUCGCUGAUAGAAUACGGCUUGUUAUCUGACUUCUAUGAAUGGGUGACUGCACCAAUCUUCUGCGUUAGAUCUUCAUCAUUUAAAGGAUACUUCCAGUUCUACAAGGUGGUGAUACCAAAACAGCAUGUGUUGUUAAGCAAACAGCCAAAGUUUGCACACAUAAAUAGAAGGUUUUCUUUUUUUAGCCAAAGUAGCAGAUUCAGAACAAAAUGUUCAACCGUUGAGCCCUGCUGAGUUGAAAAAAAAUACCUCUUUGGGGAUUAAAGAAAGAUGAAAGAUAAGACAGCAGAAGCAGAGAUGAGGAAUUCAACUAUCAGAUAAGGUAAUAAAGCAGUUCUGUUUUUGAAAGAGGCAUUGUCUUUUUAAGAACACACAGUUCUAGUUAACAAGCAAUAUUUACGAUGCACUACAGAGAGAAAACAGACCAAAAAGAAAAACACUCAUUAUGAUUCUGAAAAAGUUCUGUUCAGUCUCAGAAGUUUGAACUGCCUUUUGGAGCGGGGAUGUUUUGAAUCCAAUGUUUGAUCCACAUUUUACGAGACAUGUUUAUUGAUGAUGAAUGUGCCAGUAAAAAAAGCCACUGAUAAAAGAAAGACAACGUUGUGUGAAACUUUUAUAAAACGGUUUGUUAUAAGAAACAUUUUAUUUCCCUGCUCUCUGAUAUUAACUGGAACUGCCGAUGCUACGUGCCUGUACUCUGUCUGGCAAAUGUUUUUCUUUAUUUCCUUGGUGCACUGUAAAAAAAAAAAAAAAAAAAAAAAAUGCACACAUUGCAAUGUCUUGAAAAGCACAAAAUUUCAGCCGAUGGUCUUACAAAUUGACAUUCUCCCCUAAAUCUCUCUAAAUCUCACAAGUUGAAUUGUAAUGAACUGUCUGUGUGGACAGUAAGACGCCUAACUUGUACCCCUGAAUUCCUGGACACACUCUAAAGUGCUUUAUUUUCAUUCUCUUUGUGGUCUGGAAAGUACCAUAGUGUAAUUGUUGUACAUUCUACAUGUAGUAUCAAGAUGAGCUAUUUUUCAUAUCAGCUGAAUACUUUGAAAAUGAUAUAGAAACUGUAGAUAAUUUCAGAACCACUUUAUAUUUUCAAAUAGUGCAUCAUAUUCUGUAACAAGUUUGUAAACCAAAUGGUUGCUUUCAUAGUUCUUAUGAAAUCAUUAGCUUUAUUGUUAUGGACAGAUUUGUAUUAUGGGUAUUAUUUUCUCUGUUUAAGAGAAGAUGUAACUUCUUUUGAGACUUAUCCUGAAGUUUUGUGAAGGGUACGUUAGACUAACACGACAGUAGAAGACUUGAUAACAAGAUCAGGGGCCUCUCACCAAAGAUGUUUUUUUUUUCUUCACAGGUGUGUGUGAGGUGGUUUUGCACAUAUUCUUUGAAUGUUCUGAUCAUAAGCCAUUCAAUUAAGACAACCAAGAUGGAUGUAUGUUCAAUAAACAUGCCCUUUUAAAUUCAA